AUGGCAAAAUAUAUAGCAUUCUUAGCAUUAAUUUUGACUGUAAAAAGCUGAAAUUGGACACUGAGUGGGGAAUCAUAUGAUAAUUAUCCGAGUUUGCAUGAUAUAAAAGAAAAUCUGAAUUUUACCGCAAAUAAAUUUCCGAAUUUAGCCAGUUUUGGAACUAUUGGGAAUAGUACUGCUGGGAUACCAAUAUAUUUUAUAAAAUUAUCAGCACCUGGACUGCCUAGUAGCGAAAAAGGUGGAAUUUUAUUGUCAGCAAGCCAAACUGCAUUGUACCCUAUAAACACAGUUCAAAUAAUCUACCUUAUCAACCGCCUUUCGAAAAAUUAUAAUGUAACAGGCAGCGAGACCUAUAUUUUACAGUCAUCUAAUAUAUGAUUUAUCCCUGUUAUUAAUGUAGACGCAUAUAAGCUUUCAGAAGAUAGUCUUUUUCUAAAUAAAAACUUCACAAAAAAUUCCCGAUUUUUCAAUUGCUCUAAUCAGGCUAGCAAUGGGGUAAAUUUAGAUAAAAACUGAGAUUUUGCCUGAGGAGAAACCAAAAAUGGGUCUUCUAAUGAUUUUUGUAACGAAAAUUAUCGAGGAGCUUCCCCUUUUUCUGAGGUAGAAACCCAGCUGAUAAAAGAAUUUGUGAAAAAUAAAAAUAUUACUACAUGAAUUCAUUAUGAAAAUUAUGGGAAUAAUUAUGUGCAUCCUUAUAAAGCAGAAAAUUAUAAUGCUGUUAAGAAUGGUGCUAGCUUUGCGUAUUCUAUUUUUCAGGACGCUAUGUAUGUAAAUCAAGUAAAUUUUGGGACUUAUAAAGAUAUUUAUGGGAUAUAUGGAGAUGGCUCACUCAUAGACUAUGCAGUAUCACAAGGAAUGUUUUCAAUGGAAGUUGGGAUUGGGCCGAAAAUACAGAAUGAUCCAAAAAUUAUGCAUACUUAUAUAUUUUCACAAUGAAAUGCAGCCAAGUUUCUAAUGGAAACUGCUACAUUUUAUUUAGAAGCAUAUAUGGGUGGGACUGUGUACGCUUGCAGCUCUGAUCCCACAAAAUGCGACCCAAAGAACGACUUUGCUUACAUUGAUUUUGAAGUAGAAAUCAUAAACUCUGGGCUAACUGUGGCUCGAAACAUUGUAUUUGAGAUCCAAUUUUCAAAUUCAAAUUCUGCAGCCUAUACUAUGAAGCUCAGUAACUUCUUGUAUCUAGAAGGUACAUUAAAAGACCCGUCAAGCAUAAACGACCCUAUGAAGCCUUAUCAAUACCAAAUAAACAACACCAAUACCACUAUCUCUCUCAGAGCAAUCUUCAAUUUUUCUCCUUUUGAUGAUGCAUUUAUCACAAUGAACCUCCAAGUUUAUAGGCAAAAAAAUAAUUCAGCCACAAAUUCAGUAAUUUCAUAUAAUGCUAGCAUUUAUCCAGAAAAACUUGACAAUAAAACGAUGAUGAUUCUUUAUGAUCAAGGGACAGUUGUGGUAAAUCAUAAUGCUAGCGAAUGGUCAGGGAGUAAUUUGAUAAAAAUGAAGGCUUCAAACAUGCUGCUUUUUUGUGUAAUGGGUAUUGCUCUUUUGCUGAUUUUUAUUAUUUUUUUUAGCAUUUAUAAAGUUAUUUGGAUUUUGAAGCAAAAUGUUAAAGACGGAAAAAACAUAAAAGACAUAAAAGACAUAAAAGGGGAGUCGAAAAGCUUUAUUAACACUGUUUAA